CUGUCUUCUCCUCGUACACCAUGUCUCAAGCCCUACUUCGAACAGCAUUCCCCGCACCAGCUCUGCGAGCGUCCCUCAGCUCGCUGCCUAGGGCCCUGAGAAGCUCAGCCCGGUCAUUCUCGAGGUCGCUCGCUGCACGCUCAGAUGUCCACCCAACCUCGUUAGACAGCUUCAGCGACGAGGAGCAGAUGCUGCGCGAGUCCGUCGCGCGGUUCGCGCAGGAAGUAAUAGCUCCCAAGGUCCGGGAGAUGGACGAGGCUGAGAUGAUGGAUCCAGCAAUCAUUAAGGCGCUCUUCGAGCAGGGGUUGAUGGGCAUCGAGACCGGCGCGGACCAUGGCGGCGCUGAGUCGUCCUUCACCUCUGCGAUCAUCGCGAUUGAGGAGCUUGCGAAGGUCGACCCGUCGGUAUCAGUCAUGUGCGACGUGCACAAUACCCUCGUAAACACCGUCCUCCGUAACUAUGGCACGAAGGAGCAGCAGGACAAGUGGCUGCCUCUCCUUUCGGAGUCGAAGCUCGGAUCCUUCUGCCUCUCGGAGCCUGCCUCCGGCUCGGACGCUUUCGCCCUGCAGACACGCGCGGUCAAGGACGGGAAUGACUGGGUCAUCAACGGGAGCAAGAUGUGGAUCACGAACUCCUACGAAGCAGACGUCUUCCUCAUAUUUGCGAACGCCGACCCCAGUAAGGGAUAUAAGGGCAUCACCUGCUUCAUCGCGACGAAGGACAUGGGUGUCCAAAUUGCGAAAAAGGAGCAGAAGCUCGGCAUCCGGGCUUCAUCGACGUGUUCGCUGAAUUUUGAUGACCUGCGCGUACCGGCCGAGAAUAUCAUCGGCGGUGAGGGAAAGGGUUACAAGAUUGCGAUUGAGAUCCUCAAUGAAGGCCGCAUCGGAAUCGCCGCCCAAAUGAUAGGCCUUGCACAAGGUGCCUUUGCCAAAGCCGUGCCCUACACCUUCGAGCGCAAGCAGUUCGGGCAACCCGUGGGCACCUUCCAGGGCCUGUCCUUCCAGCAGGCGCGCGCGGCGUGCGACAUCGAGGCGGCGCGGCUGCUGACAUACAACGCCGCGCGCCGGAAGGAGGAGGGGAAGUCGUUUGUGCGCGAGGCAGCGAUAGCGAAGCUUGUUGCGAGCGAGGUCGCGCAGAAAGUGAGCGGCGCGGCGAUUGAGUGGGCGGGCGGAGUCGGAUUUACGAGGGAGACGGGGAUCGAAAAGUACUGGAGGGAUUCAAAGAUAGGCGCGAUCUACGAGGGGACAUCGAAUAUUCAAUUGCAGACCAUUGCGAAGCUGAUUCAGAAGGAGUAUUCGUAACCGCUAGCUUAUAAUGUGCGUGGACGGGUUGGACAUACCAGAAUUCCUGGAGGUCACCUCGGGGU